AUGACGGCAAGAUCUCCUAAAAAAGACUCGGAGAUAAGUGUGAAGGAGUUGGGAGAAAGAAUGGGAGAAAUGAUGGAGGAAUUUAGGGCAGUGAGAGAAGAGCUAAGGGAGGGUUUCAAGGAGCAGGGUAGGAAGAUGAGAGAAGAGAUAGAGGAUCUGAGAAGGGAGUUUAGGGAGCCUGGGUUGGAAAAUAAAGAUAAGGAUUUUUGGGAAGGGCUGAAGAAAGAAGAUGUGUUAGUCAUGUUAGAGACCUGGAUAGGAGAAAAGGGUUGGGAAAGAAUAAGGGGGAGACUUCCAAAAGGGUACGAGUGGGGGGUGCAAAUGGCGAAGAAAAAGAACAAAAAAGGAAGAGCAAUAGGAGGGAUGAUAAUGGGAAUAAGGAAAGGAUUAAAAGAAAAGGGAACGGCAAUAGAAGUAGAGAGGGAGGGUUGGAUUGUGGGAAAGGUCAGAACAGGUGGCGAGAACUGGAAUAUUAUAGGGGUGUAUGCAAAGAAAGAGGGGAUGGAGGAGAUCGUACAGGAGUUAGGAGAUAGAAUGGAAAAGAAAGAAGAAGGAAGGUAUACGAUAAUUGGGGGAGAUUUUAAUGCGAGGACUGGUCAAGAAGGUGGGAGGAUAGAGGAAGAGGAGGGAGGAGGACUGGGAGAAGGAAGAAGAUCGAAGGACAAGAAGGUGGACAAAGAGGGGAGGCUGUUGGUAAGGAGCUUAGAGGAGAGAGGAUGGGAGAUAUUUAAUGGAAAUGUGAGAGGGGACGAGGAGGGGGAGUUUACUUUCACGGGGGGAAGAGGAGGUACGGUGAUUGAUUACAUAAUAGGGGAAGGAGAAGUAAGAGAGAAGAUAGUGAGCAUGGUAGUGGGGGAGAGAAUAGACUCGGACCAUCACCCAUUGGAAAUAGAAGUAAGAAGAGGGGAAGAGGAGGAAGGCAGGAGAGGAGGGUGGAAGAAAAGAAGAAGGGGGGUGUGGAACGAGGAAGGAACAAAGAGGUUUAGAGAAAAAAUAGGAGAGGUGGAAGAAAAAGAAGAAGAGUUGAAUAAGGAAUGGGAAGAAAUGGAAACAAGAAUAACAGAGGCAAUAAAAGAAGUAGAGGAGGAGCUGGGAAAUAAGAAAGGGAAGGUGGGAUGGUGGGAUGAGGAAUGUCGAGAAGCGAAGAAAGAGACAAGGAGAAAAUUAAGGGAUUGGAGGAAGAAAAGAGGAGAGGCCAGUGCGUACAAGGAAAGGAGGAAAGAAGUUAAGGAGAUAUGUAAGAGAAAGAAGGAAGAGGAGAACCAGAGAUGGGAGAGAAAAGUGGAGGAAGCAAGGAGGGAGGCGGAGGUAUGGGAGAUAGUGAAUAGGGAGAGAAGACAAAGGAGGGGAAUAGAGGAAGGAAUAGAAGAGGAGGAAUGGAAAGAGCACUUUAUGAAGUUAUUAGGAGGAGUAGAGGGGAGGGUGUACACGGCUAUUCUGGCGGAGAGGAUAAGGGAGGAGAUAGAGGGAAAGAGAAUGGUACCGCACAACCAGACAGGUUUUAGAAAGGGAAUGGGAACGAUAGACAACAUUUACGUGUUGAACUACAUGGUGAACAGAAGGUUAGAGAAGAAAGGGGGAAAACUAAUAGCAUGCUUUGUGGACCUUAAGGCGGCGUUCGAUUCGGUGGAUAGAGGAAUAUUAAUAAAAGCUAUGAGAGAAAGGGGAAUAAGGGAAGGACUGGUGAGAAGGACGGAAGAGAUGUUAAGAGAGACGAAGAGUAGGGUAAGAGGAGGAAACGAAUUGGGAGAAGUAUUCUGGACGGGGAGGGGAGUAAGGCAGGGAUGCCCUUUGAGCCCGAUUCUGUUCAAUGUGUUGCUAGCAGACCUGGAAGAGGAAAUGGGUAGAGUUAAAUGGGGAGGGAUAAGGCUAGGAGGCAAGAGGGUGUAUACUCUGGCCUAUGCGGAUGAUAUAGUGCUAAUCGCGGAGGACGAGGAUCAAAUGAGGAGUCUGAUAGAAAGACUAGAGGGGUACCUGGGCAGGAAGAGAUUGGAAUUGAACGUGGGGAAAACAAAAAUAAUGAGGUUUAGGAAAGGAGGAGGGAGGGACAGUAAGAGGAAGUGGAGAUGGGAAGGAAAAGAGUUAGAAGAGGUGAGGGAAUUUCGGUAUUUAGGAUACGUGUUUCAAAGAAAUGGAGGGCAGGAAGCCCAAAUAAGGGAAAGGAUCAAAAAGGCGGCCGCAGUGAUGGGAAAAGUAUGGGGGAUAGGGAAGAGGAGAUUCGGGAAAGACUGGGGAAAAAGACUGUGGCUGUUCGAUAGACUGGUGUGGACGGUGUUGAGUUAUGGAGCGGAAAUAUGGGGAUGGAGAGAAAGGGAAGGAAUGGAAAGAAUGGAAGAAAGGUACAUUAGAUGGGUAUUGGGAGCGGAUGUGAGAACACCGUGGUAUUUAGUGAGGGAGGAGUUACAAAGGGAGAAAUUAAGAGGGAGAGCAGGAAUGAGGGCAUGGAGAUUUGAGAAAAAGUUAGAGGAAGGUGGAGGAAGUGAAUUGGCGAGGGCUGCCUGGGAAGAGUUGAAGGAAAGAGAGAGGGAAGGGAAAGCUGGCUCAGAUUGGGAAAGAGAGAGAGGAAAGUUCUUCGAAGACAGAGGUGUGGGGUUAAAAGAGGUGGAAAAGAUGAGAGGAGAUGGAGACGAAUGGUUUCUUAAAUUGUUUGAAGGGGAUAGGGAGACGCAGAGGAGAGAGAGAUGGGAGAGGAUCGAGAAAUCGGAAUAUAAUAAAUGGUAUAAGUGGAUAAAGGGAGAGGGUAUCCCGGGAUAUUUGAAGAAGGGUUGGGGAGAAAGUAGAUGGGGAAGGGUGGCGAGAUACAGACUAGGGAACGAGAUAGGAGAGAGCAGAUACUGGGAAGCGGAGGAGAAAAAGAAGUGUAGAUUGUGUGAGAACAAAGAGGAAACGUGGGAGCAUGUAUGGGAAGAAUGUAGAAGAUGGAAUUCAGGAAAGGGAAGCUGGCAGGAGGCGGUAGGAUGGGUCUUGGACGAGGAAGGAAGAGGAGAGGAAUGGAUGCUAGAAUUAGAAGGGGAGAGAAGGAGUGGAAAGGGAGAUUUAGAAGAGUUAAAGGAGGGUAGUGGGGAAGACGGAAGGGGAAAGGGGGGAGGAGGAUAA